AUGGCACACUUAUCUACUCUUUCUGCCCUUAACGCACCAGUUUGCAGUUCAUCUUCGAUUCCACGGCCACUUUCUCGAAGCCACCUCCGGCAGCACGAUAAAGAUGUCACAGUGUUGCUGAUGAAGCCCAAGGCAUCGCGACCGGCAUCUCCUGAGCGGACGUUUCUGUGUCAAGACAAAAACUAUCCGCGCAUACGAUCAAGGUCACUCCAACCAAUUCAAAAGGCCUAUGCGGUCUCAACGUCAUCUGUCCACUGGCGAGGCGACGAGCAAGCACUGUUCAUGCUAGACCCUGCGGCCAAGUACAACAUCCGGGACUACCUACUUGAGCAAUGCAAAGCGCGGAAAGAAACAAGCAAUGAGCUGAAAAAGUUCACAGGCACGAAAGUCGUGUUCGUCCUUCAGUUCAGCGAUGAGGAUGGAGAACAAGAGGCACUGUGCGUACCAACCACCCGAGCGACACUUCAUGGCAUAUACAGCAUCCGCGAUGAUCAUCCCACAAUCACUCAGUCCAAUUCACCUCCGAUGUUCUCAGAAAUCAUGCAGACUGAGGCUCCGCGAAAGCUUCGUAGAAGCAGUGGUACUACAUCUUUCACUCGCCUGAUGGCGAGCACGAACGAGGUAGGCUUCCCACUGACAGACCACGAACUCGAUUCCGAUUCAGAUGUGGAAGACGACCAUGGAGUCACACCUCCACCAUACAAAACCGCACUCGACGCCAUCACUGAAGACGAUGAGGCCUCCGAACCCGACACCGGCUUCGUCAACGUCGUCAACCUUGGAGCACCAGAGUACUGCCGCGACCCCGACUCAACCCAGCACCCUGAGUGCCACGGCCGCUACAAGACCGACUCGUAUGCCCACAACAGAUUCGAUGCAAAGCUGGACUUCCAGGAGCGCUUCGUCGCCGCACACACCGGUCGUGACAGCGCUGCGUAUUACCGCAACUGGCGCACCCUCAAGCUGGACCAUGGCGAGACAUUAGUGCACGGCCAGUCCUCGCUGCGCAAUCCUAUUGCUACUCCUGAAGAGGAUGUAGAGCACGAUGAUCUGGACAAUUCAACAGAGCUGCUGCUUCGCCUCAUCGCUGAGAAGUAUGGACCGCUUACCCUUCAGGGCCAGAAGAGCAAGCCAGCAGAGCCGGGAGCGGAGUGCUCGGAGGAGUGCAGCUUCAAGGUCGACAAGUAUCUCGAUCAGGACUCUGAGGACGAUCUGCGGCUUUCGGACCAGGAGCUUGCAGACGAGAAUGAAGAGCUUGGCUCUGAGCCUAGCACCUUGUUCGAUGGAGUUGCUGACUUCAGCGAUGCUGAUGCUUCCACGCCGGCGAAAUCGGAAAGCCGCAACGCACCUGUCAUGACCGAGGAGGAACUCGAGAGUAUCAUCAAUACUCCUCAUGAGGACUUCGUCAACGGUUACGUGCAGCGGUAUGAGGCGAUGAGUAAGAAGGCUGCUCGUGCAAAGCUGGCUCGCGAAGAGGGGAUUCAAUCUUCCGUUGCUUCAGGAGCUGUUGGAGAGGUAGCUGAUGAAGCUCUCGUCGUGUCACUCGAUACUACGGUAGAGCAGACGGGCACUAUGAUAGAGCAGACCGAGACUGUGGCGGAGCAGAUGAUCUCGCUCCCAGAGUUUUUGGUGACUGCCGCAACACCGGCAUCGACUCCCACCAUGAAAGCUGCACCUUCGGUUUCUCCAGUUGCCGUUGAUCACGAGGUCAAUGCCCAGUACGCCAACGAGACUCUUUCAGUGUCUUUAGACCUAAAAUCUGAGACGAUCGAGUCACCGCGCUCUUGCAGCAUCACUGGCCCAGUGCCUACUCUUGUGUCCGACGAGAUAGCCGUAAUCGCCAGCAACGAAGUAGCACCUCUCGAGGGAUCUGUACGACCAGAUAGUGCAUCAAGCUCGUACUCAUCCCUUCCCGCUUCUGUGUUCUCGAGGCGAGCUUCUAUCACGACAAGACCGUCCAAUGAGAGCUUCUGGUCCGAUAAUCUGCGUCUAGUCGACACGCUGGAUCUUCAGGUUGACGUCAAGCUAGCUCCUACAAUUGUCUCGCAUCACGAGCGCUCUGUGAGCAUGCCGGUUAUGUCUCUUUCCGCAUCAGACACGUACGAGAUAUCGACAAAUGUUUCAGAGUCGAACCACGGCGCCUAUGCGCGGUCUAUAUAUGUUGGGUCGAGCACGCCUGUUCGCACAACUUCCGUUGCAAAUAAGUAUUUGACUCCGAUCAUCGAGGUCCAAACUCCGCUGUCAUCAUACCCAAUGCCACCAGCGAAGAUGCAUCCCAGAAAUGUCAUGGACGAUCCAUAUGAGGACUUUCCAACAAAAUUCAACUACCAACAGCCCGAUUUCCACAUCCCACCUCGGGCUCCGCGUCCAUCGCGAGACGAUCCACUUCAGUUUAUCCCGACCUCAGUGUUCACUGACAGCUCGUCAUACACAAACCGUCGAGAGCGCGGCGACAAGUUGGCAAGCAUCAAGCACCAAGCCCAGGCUGUUGCUAGCGCGACAAAGUGUGCCACGCGCCGUGUCUUGCGCUCGAUGAAGAAGGUGUGUGCUACGGCUCGGUCCCUUGUGCCAGUAACCCUCCGUUCGCGCCAUCCUUACGAGCCUUAUGCGCAUGGUUGA